AUGAUUUUCAAACCCAUAAUAGCUAACAUUUUAUAAUAUAUGAAUCGUUUAGAGGAAGCCUUAGAAUUUUAUGAUUAUUCUAUUCAGAGAAACCCUUAAAAUUCUAAAGCUUUCAUAAACAAAGGUUUCUGUAGAUGCUAUUUUAGCUAAAAUUUUAUGAUUGUAGGAAUGAUAAAUAAUAGUAUAUUCAAGAUGAAUCUUUUAGAGAAGGCUUUAGAAUAAAGUAAUUAUGCAAUCAAUUUAAAACCAGAUAUAUCUGAUUAUUAUUUUAUUAAAGGUUCAAAUGAUAAUAUUAUUAAUAGCAAAUAUUUUACAAAGAAUGCAGCAUUAUAAUGAAGCUUUGGAAAAUUAUGAUCUCGCGAUCCAUUUAGAUCCUGAAGCCUCAAAAAAUUAUUUGAAUAAAGGUUUUAUUGAUAUUAAAUUUAGCAAUCAAUUUAUAAUUAAUAAAUCGUUUUGAAGAAGCAUUAGAUAGUUAUAAUCUAGCAAUAGAAAAAAACUCUGAAGAUUCAAAAUGCUACAUUAAUAAAUGUUAUAUUCUUUAAUACUUCUUUAGCAAAUGUUUUACUAUUAUUGAAUCGUUUUUAAGAAAGUUUAGAAUUAAUUAAUUCAAGAAUUUAAAUGCAACCUGAAAAUUCAGAUGUUUAUUUUACAAAAGGUAAUUACUAAAUUUUCAUUAUUUAGCUUGCAUUCUAGAAAAAAUGAAUCGUUUUGAAGAGGUUUUAGAAUAUUACAAUUAUGCCAUUUAAAAUAAUCCUGAAAAUUAUCUUUAUUAUUUAAACAAAGGUUAAAUAGAAAUUUAUUAUAAAAGCAACUAUCCUACAAUUAUUGAAUAGGUAUGAUGAAGCCUUACAAAUUAAUGAUGAUGCCAUUUAAAGAAAUCCUGAUGAUUCAAUAUGUUUUUGCAAUAAAGGUUCAAUUCAAAUAAAAAUCUAUAGCUAAUGUCUUACAUCUGAUGAAUAGCUUUGAAGAAGCCUUAGUGUUUUAUGAUUACGCAAUUUAAAAAAACCCUCAAGAUUCCAGUUUCUAUUGUAAAAAGGGUAAUAAUCUUAAUAAUUAAUUAGCAAAUACAUUAUUAAAAUUGAUUAGAUUUGAGGAAGCAUUAUAAUGUUGUACUUAAGCAAUCUAAAUUUAGCCUAAUAAUAUAGAUUGUUAUUGUGUUAAAGGUUUUCUUAAAAGAUAUAUUCAUAGCUCACAUUCUACAUGAAAUGAAACUUUUUGAAUAAGCAUUGGAAUUGUAUGAUGAAGCUAUUUUAAGAAAUCCCUAAAAAUCUGAUUGCUAUUUUAAUAAAGGUAAUAUGAUUAAAUGAUAAUAGCAAAUCUAUUAUGUGAAAUGAAUCUUUUUGACGAAGCUAUAGAAUAUUAUGAUAAAGCAAUUUAACAUAAUCAUGAAGAUUCAAAAAGCUAUUUAAAUAAAGGUAUUUAAAUUAGUUAUUUUAGCGAAUUCACUACUAUAACUAAAUCGGGCAGAAGAAGCUUUAUAAAUAAUUAAUUAAGCUAUUUUAUUAAAUCCUGAAGAUCCCAAAGAUUACUUUUGUAAAGGUUUAAAUAAAUAUUUUAUAUAGCAGCAAUUACAUUAUCUAAACUCAACCAGUAUUAGGAAGCCUUGGAAUAUUAUGAAAAUGCAAUAUAAUUAAACUUUGAAGAUUCCAAUCUUUAUUUUCAUAAAGGUAUUUUGCUUAUCAUUAAUUAGCUAAUUUGCUAAUUUUGCUAUUAAUAACUUGAAACCUUAAAAUAUUUUAAUGAAGCAAUUUCAAAAAAUCCCGAAGACUCUAAAUUUUAUUUACCAAAAGGUUUUUUAUUUAAUAAAUUGCAAGUAAAAACGCUAUUGAAUUUAAACAAUUUAGACGAAGCUUUAACAUAUAUUUCAGAUGCCAUUUUAAAAUAACCUGAUAAUCUGAUAAUCCUGAUUACUAUUUAAUUAAAGGUUGAAAUUUUUAUAAAUCAAUAGAAAACAUUCUAUAAUAAAAAAAUUAGCAUUAAGAAUCUUUAGAAUAGAUUGACCUUGCAAUAUUAUAGAGUCCAAAUAACUCUGAUUAUUAUUUUGAGAAAGGUUUUCACUAAAAUUUAUUAUAUAAGCAAAUACAUUAUUUUAUUUAAAUUCGUUUGAGGAAGCCUUGGAAAUUAAUGAUAAAGCAAUUCUCAUAAAUCCUAAAAAUUCAGAAUUUUAUUUAAACAAAGGUAUAUAUGAUGAAAUUUAUUAAAGGCAAUAUUUUAUAAUAGUUGGUUCGGUAUGAAGAAUCACUUGAUUGCUAUAAUAUGGCAAUCAAUAUUAAUUCAUUCAAUUUUGGCUAUUAUAUAAAUAAAGGUUCAUUUAUAUUUUAUAAUAAUUGGUAUUCUUUUAGGGAAAUUGAAUAGAUAUGUUGAAGCACUAGAGUGUUUUGAUAAUCCCUUAUCCAAUAAGUCCUAAAGUUUUGAAUAUUAUUUCAAUAAAGGUUAAUAUUUUGCUUUAAUUUUCCAGGAUAUCUUUUACAUUAAAUGGGUAAUUUAGAAGAAGCAUUACAACUUUAUGAAAAUGCAAUUUCAAAAAAUUCUGCUUAGUCAGUUGCUUACUUUAAUAAGGGUUAAUAAUGA